CGAUCACACAGUCUUAUAAACCUGUUCGGAACAGUUCAGAUGACCAUUCCAAAGGAAGAAUUUGUUAUUACCGAUCGCCUUCUCCCCGCGAAACCCCUAAAGUCUAGCAGGAAGAGAAGUUACUUACGGUCAUGCUUGGCCUGCUCACUUUCGUGGAGGUUUGGUAUCAUUGCCGGAGCCAUCUGUUCGUUCCUUGUACUUAUCAUCAAUUCCGCCCUCACCGGGUGGGCUAUAAGUACUCAUAAGAUCCAAGGAGGUCAAGGUACCGUGUUUGAAGGGAGUUGCUCGACUUCGAAAAGGCUGAAUGUUGUAAUUCACUUGAUGAUCAAUAUUUUUGGGACGGUGUUACUAGGAGCAAGCAAUUACUGCAUACAAGAGAUAAAUAAGGCACACGCCAAUAUGACUUGGCUGGAUAUUGGAGUUCCAAGCUAUCGAAACUUGACAAAAAUCAGUCGCAAGCGCUCUGUACUUUGGCCGGUCCAAUAUCUGGACCUGCUCGUUGUUAACUGUUUGCAUCGCAGCUACAAUUCGGCCCUGUAUUCGUCAGUGGCUGCAAAUAAGUACUACGGGUUCAUCAUCCGAGAACGGUUGCUAGAUUCGAAAGAGUCGUUACCAAACCCGACCGCAGACACUCUCUUUAGAAAUGCCAAAGCGGGUCACCUCGAAAAACUUACUCGCAUCGAGUGCAUUGAGGCAUAUGCACAGUCCUUUCAAGCUUCCCAUGGAAGCCUUUUUCUUGUUAUCAAUGAGACAUGGGCGAAGCACCCUUCAACACAGACACCUUAUCCUCCGAAUGUCGGCGAUUUUAUAGACUCUAUUAGACUAACUGUGCAGGUUGGAUGCGACAUGUCUGGGUGGGUCUGUGAAACAAAUGUAUCAGCCAGCGAUAUUACGUGCAACAGAUGCAACCGACAAGAGAUGGCGAAUCUAAAGUCGCAAAACACGUGGCCGGUAAGAGGUUAUCUUAUCGAUCAUUGCUUGAGUGAACGCACUGAAGAGAAAUGUAAGAUUCACUUCAGUGUGCAUAUCGCUGUUCUUGUAAUCAUCAUGAACACCGUCAAGGUGAUCAUUUUCACUAGUAUUGCAUGGAAAAUACGGGAGGCUCCGCUUAUGAAUAUUGGCGAUGCGAUUGUAUCAUUCAUCAAAGAGCCUGAUCCAACCACUGAGGGCAUGUGUUUGAUGUCAAGGGACGAUUUUGAGCAUGAGAAGGAAGUCCAAAGAGAUGGCACAAAGCUGCUAGCAAGAAGCGAUGGGUAUCAGUCAUUUUGUUGUAAGUUGACUGAUUUUCGUUCAUAUCUCCUAAUACCAGACAGCGUUGUGUACGGCGCGGCCCUCAUCGUAUGUCUGUUCUUCUUCCUCUACGGACUCGGCAAUGUCCGGACCUUCGGAUUCACCUUUGGGUUCGGCGCUGCCGACCCCAGUUCACUAACCGCAGGGACUGGAGGCAUCAUCGGCAACACACUUAUAGCCAACAUCUCUCAAACAAUCUUCUCAUUCAUCUACGUCACAUACAACACAAUCCUAACUUCGCUUCUCCUUGCUAAAGAGUGGAACCAGUAUGCCUAUCACCGCAAAGGCCUACGUGUUUCAUCCAAACCCAAGGGCGCUCAACGCUCAACUUACUUCCUUCAAUUACCAUAUCGUUACGGUGUCCCGUUUCUAGUCGUAUCAGGGACAUUCCACUGGCUCAUUUCCCAGACUAUUUUCCUGGUCAGCGUUGAAGCUUACCAGUCGAAUGGCGCUCCGUCAUUGAACACUGUUCGAAAUCAAACGGCUGUGUAUACGUACGGCGUCGACCGCGUUCCGGAACUGGAUAUUUUGACAUCGGGAUUUUCUGUCGCCGGGCUUCUUGCUGUCACGGCGCUCGCUUUUGCUGCGCUAUUCGCGUUGAUAUUUCUAGGUCGAAGAAGUUUUAGGCCGGGGAUUCCUGUGGCCGGGAGUUGUAGUGCGGCUAUUUCUGCUGCAUGUCAUUGUGUAGAAGCAGAACCGGCGGAUGCGAUCGAACGGCGGUUGAAAUGGGGAAUGGUCCGUGAACCAAGCAAUGGGCGAGGUGUUGGACAUUGUGGGUUCUCGAGUUUGGAGGUUAGGCAGCCGGUUGCUCAUCAGGUUUACGCAGGGCUCUCUCAAAGGCGCAAAUUCCCAGCAUGGCAGAGCAAUAUUGAGGCAACUACUACGGGAACUUAA